AUGCACGGGCAUGCGCACCACCAUGCACGCAAUGUGGAGGAACUAGAGACGCGAGGAAAUGUUGAGGAACGAGGAGUCCUCGAGGAGCGAGGCGAUGUCGUGAUUGUUUACAAGACCAUGGAACCAGACUUUGAAGGGGACAUAGGAGGUUAUGUAACCGGCAACCAACACGACACUGCGACGAAAGUAAACGCUGGUCUCGGUGAUCCUGUCAGUGCGCCUUCAAAGCCCAAGGAACACACUACCGAGUCGGAUGAGGAGACAUCAACCAAGACGAAGGCAGAGCCGACUACCACCAAAGAGACGGUGGCCCACACCACUCAUGAAACUAAAGAGGAGACCACCGAGACUAGUGCUGAAACGACCCGCAAGAAAGCAACUACGACCAGUGAAUCGGAGGCUCCUAUCACAACAACCUCUUUUGUGACUUCAGCAUCGUCCACCUCGGAAUCCUCCCAGGAUGUCAACACUCUCCUCGCAACCUCCACCGGAUCGGCCAAGGACUCUAACGCAUCGGCUUCGACCACUGCUAUUCCAACUACUGCUUCUGGGGGUAUGACUGGUGGCGCCAAGGCUGGUGUGGCCAUUGGUGUCAUCUUCGGUAUUGGUUUGAUCGCUGCCUUGAUUUUCUUCUUUGUGCGCAAGAAGAAAAGAAGUCAGGAGGGAUAUCAGAAGGAGAAUGAGAAGACCUUCGGUGGUGAAGGCCUGCCAGAGGGCGCUACUUCCUUCCCACCUCCUCCUCCUUCCAAGUCCCAGACUUCGACUCCCCCACAGCUUAAUGUUCGUCCCGUCACUCAAUUCGCGCCUGAUCUGAGCAGCAGCGGUGCCUUGAACCCGGCCACUACUGGUGCUUCUGCGGGUUUGAGCCCGGCCACCGCUGCUGUUGCAGGUGCUGCAGUUGGAGCUGGAGUUGGAGCUGGCUCGGCCGCAGUCGCCUCUCGUAAUCUCACUGGUGAAUCACCGCCUCCUACUCCGCCAAAGUCCGCUUCAAGCAACACCAACCCGUUCAGUGAUCCUGUGAAUCCUUUCAACGCAACCACCAGCCCUGUGGCCCAGAACCCGCCUUCGGUUCCCGAACCAGCCACUGGACCUUCUGGACCGACCGUCGCAGCUGCGGCAGUCGGUGCCGCGGCCGUGGGUGUUGUAGCAGGCGCUGCUGCUUCAUCUCGGGCAUCCAAUGAUUCUUACCACUCCGCUCAAUCACACGGCCAUUCCCCCACUGGCUCGACCCAAUCUGCGACAAUGCCUGGCGAUGCUGCCGCUGGCUCGGCUGCUGCUGCCGGCGCCGGCCUCGCAGGAGCUGCUGGCCCACCACCCCCUACCAAUGUUUACCGUGUGCAACUGGAUUUCAACCCUUCUAUGGAGGAUGAGCUUGGCCUUCGCACAGGAGCGCUUGUGCGCUUGGUUCAUGAGUACGACGAUGGAUGGGCUCUCUGUAUGCGCCUCAACGGCUCCCAGCAAGGUGUUGCCCCACGUUCUUGCCUCUCGGCUCGCCCUGUGAUGCCUCGCGCCCGCCCACCCCCCGGCGCUCCUGGCCCUCGUGGCCCGCCCAUCAUGGGCCCUGACGGUCGUCCAAUGAUGCCCGGCGGUCCUCCCGGCCCAAGAUUCUACCCUCAGGAUUCCCGUCCGAGAUCCGCUGGUAAUACUGGCGUCUCUGGACCUCCACCUUCUCGCCCUUACCCCGGCCCCGGAUCUGCUGUCCAGUUCCCGCCAGUUCCCCGCUCUAUGUCGCCCGGACCGGGAGGAAUGCCUCGCUCCAUGUCUCCUGGGCCAGGAGGACGACCUGGCCCUCGCUCAAUGUCCCCCGGACCUGGAGGUAUGCCUGGCCCUCGCUCAAUGUCCCCCGGACCAGGAGGACGACCUGGCCCGCGCUCGAUGUCUCCCGGGCCUCGCGGAAUGCCUGGUCCUCGCUCAAUGUCCCCCGGCCCCGGAGGAAUGCCCGGCCCCCGCUCGAUGAGCCCUGGUCCUCACGGAGCUCCUGGAAUGCAGCGCCCUCUGAUGCCUGUCAACCAGCGCCAACGGAGCAAUAGUGCAGGCGGCAACGCCGGUCCUCCCGUGGCACCACCAGCUGCGCCUUCCGUUUCCAGUCCACUAGCCGCUCCCGCUCCUGCUGCGCCACAAGUUUCGAUUCCAAGCCCCCAAGCCGCUCCUACUCCUGCUCCCACCAGCGAGCUUCCAGCCCUUCCGGGUUCCAUGCCAACUUCCCCGUCAGGCUCGAUCUCGCGAAAGCCCGUCCCCACUCGGGACGCUUAA